AUGUUUACCAACAAUGUCUCGUUUUUUGUCAGCAUUGACAAAGCGAUCAAAUUCCGAUUCAAUACUGAACUGAAAGAUCGGACGAAAGAUGCUAUUUACAAGUCAAUUGACAAAAUUUUACGCAUUUAUAAUCAUGCGGAAUUUCGAAUCAAAACUAUUUAUUGCGACAACGAAUUCAAACCGGUAUUUGAUGACAUGAAAGAUAAUAUGGAUGUGACCAUGAAUUAUGCCGCGCUGGACGAACACGAACCAACUAUUGAGUGCAGCAAUCAAACAUUGAAAGGAUUAUUCCGAGCACACUAUCAUCGAAUGGUGUUCAAGGCAAUUCCCAAGGUUUUGACUAUUGCUUUACUCAAGCAUGUGACAAAGGUUAUUAACUUUUAUCCUGCAAAGGAGGGAAUUUCAAAAUAUUACAGUCCAUAUAUGAUUGUGAGACGAAAACCGGUGGAUUUUUCAAAAGAAUGUGUUGCUGAAAUUGGAUCCUUUGUACAAGGAUAUGGUCACACGACCAACAACAGUCAACGAUCAAGGACGAUUGAUGGUAUUUAUCUUGGAGUGAAUGACAGCAUACAAGCAGGACAUAUGUUACUUGAUCUUAAUACAAAAAAGACAGUAACGAGACCCUAUGUCAUGGUACUUCCGAUCACCAAGCAAGUGAACAAAAUUGUGGAACAAAUGGCACACUACGAGGGCGUUCGUGAUUUACGUACUUAUCAUUGGAAGAAUGGUGAAAUCAUAUUGGAUGGUGAUUUGCUCGCAGGAGUGGACCCAGAUGAACUGUGGGAUGAUACAUAUAUUUCACGCAAAAAUGAAUACAAACGAAGCAAUGAGAAUCUUCGUAAUGAAAAGAUUGAUCAAGAUGAAAUUGAUGCUUUACUUGAAGAAGCGGAAGAAUUUAUUGAAAACUAUGACGAUGAACACACCAAAAAUGUUGAAGAACAGACAGAAGACAGGAGUGUUGCAAGUAUUUAUGAACGAUUGAGACGGAGAAAUGAAGAUGAUAAUUCCAAUCAAGAUCACAAUCCAAAUGAAAAAUAUCAGAAUGAUGAAGAUUUAAAUGAAAAGAUUCAAGAAAUUGAAGAAGACAGACAAAAAGACAAGGAAGAUGUCGAAUCACUUAACGAUCAAGAACAAAUCGAGGAAAACCGCGAAACAUAUGAGGAAAAUGACGAUUUAAUUGACCGAAUUCAAGAUGAAAUCAAAGAAUGUGAAAAUCAAGUCAAUGAUGUUAGCGAAUUUGUGGCAAAUUGGGAUGAUAAUGAGGAUGAAAAUGAUGAAUCUGACGAUAAUUCGGACAAAUCAAGUGACGACGAUAAUUAUGAACAUGAUGAAGUGAAUAAAGAGGACAUAUUCAGUCCAAGGAAAACCAGGAGUGGUAAAUCUUAUGUUCAAGAUGGAAUAUGA